AUGUCUUCUUACUUUGCUCUGGGAGCCACCGGAUUGUGUGGCAAUUUCUUCACCAACAUUGCUCUUAAGUCAUCGAGUGUGUCGCAGGUGUUCACGUUGACUCGGCGUGAGGUUUCUGUCUCUGGCGAGCCUUCUAAGCUGGUUGCCACCUUGGAAAAAGAUACAGAGAAAUGGCCUUCUAUUAUCAAGUCUCUGGACAUUCCCAACCACUCUACGUACUAUUCAUCUUUUGGUACCACCAGAAAGGCGGCUGGCAGUGCUGAGGCGUUUGUCAAGAUCGACGAAGGCAUCAAUGUGGAUGCUUUCACCGCUGCGAAGGAGUCGGGCAAAUUUGACACUGCCGUUUUAGUUUCCAGUACUGGUGCCAAUGCAGACUCCCGGUUCCUUUAUUUUGCCACCAAGGGCCGCAUCGAAGAUAAGUUGAAGGCAUUGAAGUUCAAGCGGACUAUCAUUUUGAGACCAGGUCCAUUGCUCGGUGAAAGAGCUCAAUCCAAAGGUUUUGGAGAAAGCGUUAUUAGAAGUCUAGGACCAUGGGUUAAAGGAACGCCGCUUGCAGGCGCGUUUGGCCACCCGGUGUUUGCUGAGGAAGUGGCCAAAGUGGCUUUCUUCCUCAGUCAGAAGCCAAUCGAGAAGGAAAACGAGGUGAUUGUUGUUUCCAGCAGCGAAAUCCUCAAGAUUGUUGACGAAAACAAAUUAUGA